AUGGCUGCGACAGUUGCUACGAAGCCGGGCCCGAUACCAGGAGUAGGACAGGAGCGCAGCUUGCGGCCCGCCAUGAAUACCGACGCUGGCGGGGUCUCGCAAGGAGGUGCUGCCGGUGCGGGGCAGAGAGUACCACCACAGCAGCAGCGACUGAAGCUCAACGAGUUCGCCCUGGUGCGCACGCUGGGCACAGGUACAUUCGCCAGAGUCUGCCUGGUGCGUCCCGCGAAAGGCAGCGACGAGGAAAGGGAGAAGGUGUUUGCCCUCAAGAUCCUACGAAAGGCCGAGGUCAUCAAGCUGAAGCAGGUCGACCACGUACGAGACGAGCGACAGAUCCUAAGCGACGUUGCUGGCUACCCCUUCAUCACCGAGCUGAUAACUACAUUCUCCGACCACGACUCCCUAUACAUGCUUCUCGACUACGUCCCCGGCGGCGAGCUCUUCAGCUAUUUAAGGAGGCAUAGGAGGUUUCCGGAAGAAUGGGCGCAGUUCUUUGCCGCAGAGAUCGUAUUGGUACUCGAGUUCCUGCAUGAGAAACAGGGUGGUGUGGCAUAUCGUGACCUGAAGCCCGAGAACUUGCUUCUGGACAGCCAGGGGCAUGUCAAACUGGUCGAUUUCGGCUUUGCAAAAAGGCUGGGCAGCAGAGACGACAGGCCAGUCGAGACAUACACGUUAUGUGGCACACCUGAGUACCUGGCACCCGAGGUGAUUCAAAAUAAGGGGCACACGACGGCUGUUGACUGGUGGGCGCUGGGAAUCUUGAUAUACGAGUUCCUGACUGGAUACCCUCCAUUCUGGCAUCAGAAUCCUAUUGAAAUUUACAAGCAGAUCAUCGAAAAGCCAGUCCUCUUCCCGGCAGAACCCGUCAUCUCACCCAAUGCCCAGAAUGUCAUUCGGUCUUUCUGCACGGUGGAUCGUUCAAGACGGUUAGGGAAUAUUAGUGGCGGCUCCCGACCGGUCAAAUCUCAUCCCUUCUUCCAAGGUAUCGACUGGGAUGCUCUGUACAAGCGACAGGUCCGGCCUCCCAUUCAACCGAACAUUCGAUUUCCUGGCGACGCGCAAUGCUUUGACGUCUACCCCGAAGACGACGGCAAGAGGGAGCCCUAUACAGAAGAUCUGGCUCGCCAGUAUGACAGCCUCUUCGAGACCUUUUGA